AUGUCCAUUGAGGCGUAUGCUCAAGAAUUGAAGGCUGCUCUUCAUCAAUAUCCCAAUUUCCCCCAGAAAGGUAUUCUGUUUGAGGAUUUUCUACCAAUAUUUAGAAAACCUGAUUUGUUUCAAAAGUUGAUAGAUGCUUUAGUCAUCCAUUUGAAGGAGACUUUCGCAGAAAAUAACAUUGAUUUCAUUGUUGGGUUAGAAUCCAGAGGGUUUUUGUUCGGCCCAUCUUUAGCCCUUGCACUGGGGGUUGGUUUCAUCCCAAUAAGAAAGCCAGGAAAACUGCCAGGUGAGUUGGUGACCGCAGCCUAUACAAAGGAGUAUGGUGAUGAUAGCAUGGAAAUGCAAAAAGAGGCCAUUCCAGCAAAUUCCAACGUUGUUAUCGUUGAUGAUAUCAUUGCCACGGGUGGCUCUGCUUCUGCAGCGGGAAGUUUAGUUAAACAAGUUAAAGCCAAUAUUCUAGAGUACUGCUUUAUUUUGGAACUGGACUUCUUGAAAGGUAAACAGAAAUUAGAUGCACCAGUCUUCACUUUGCUAAGUGGUCAGCAAGAGGCGUUGAAACAUUGA